CUUAAUAUGAGCUGGUUGCCUUGGAUUGCUAGCUCUUGUUUUCAACUAAGUGUUCUUAAUACAAAUCGUGUCUCGAUAUGAACAGAAGAUGUGAAGUACGAAUGGUCUCCUACUGAUAGCCCAACAAUGUGAUCUUCUACACCGCCAACUUUAAAGACUGACAGCUGUAGCUCUAAUUGGUAGUAUCAGAGGAAUAACAAGUAGCCUAAUGUCGAAAAGUAUAUCAUCAAACUCAAGAUCAUCUGGAGCCCACUGCACCUGCUGGUCACCAGAAGUGGGAAGAACACCACUGAGACCUUAUAGUCAAGAUAACUGGGAUCAACAGUAUGCAAACACACCCCCAGUCUCGCCAGAAAGGGGUGUUCAAGUAUUUCCAGCCUCUGCUGGUCAAAAGUCUACACUAGUGGUCAACAGUUUAUCAAACACACCAACAUCCUUCCUGUCGCCUCCACCACCAAUAGGAGACAGCAGCAUGACCACGGGGCGAGAUAAAAAAAAGUGAAACUCCAUGAAAAAGAUGGAGAAUCAAGGAGUAAACUGUUAGAAAAUGUGCUGUCUUGUAUUUGUGAAUGCUUCCUCUGUAGUGAAGGAGCUGCUCGUGCCAACAGUACCAGAGGGUUUUCAGAAGAAUCCCUUAAAGAAGCUGAGCACCCCAACAGUACCACAGAACUUUCACACGCACUUUACCCUAACAAAGUUCGUCAGUUCUCCAACAGCGAAUCUAAAAUGAGCAACACAGACUAUGAGACCAGUAGUCGUCAGACUUCACAGCAAUACAUUAAUAAAACAGAUGAAGAUGAUUGUCAUCAGUACCGUAAUUUACCCCCCGAGUUAUACGAGACAAUGAAGAAUGAUAAAAAACCUUUUACGUACACUCCGGGGGGCAUUAAUCUGUUAGAGAUCAAGUCGCCUCGAAUGGCUAAAAGGAUUAUUGCCAACCAACAAGAUCCUGGUGUUGCUGUCAGACCUAAAACUCAGAAAGGGCCUUCUGCUGCUGUGAUUCAGGCUGAGAUCCACGCCUCAGAAAACCUCGUUUAUUCUCAACCAGUAGUCACUCGGCAACCAGUGUUACCAGGAAUUAUAAACAAUGAAAUAUACGCUCCAGGAAACCGCGUUUAUUCUCAAGCAGUAGCUACUCGGCAACCAGUGUUACCAGGAAUUAUAAACAAUGAAAUAUGCGCUCCAGGAAACCGCGUUUAUUCUCAAGCAGUAGCUUCUCGGCAACCAGUGUUACCAGGAAUUAUAAACAAUGAAAUAUACGCUCCAGGAAACCGCGUUUAUUCUCAACCAGUAGCCACUCGGCAACCAGUGUUACCAGGAAUUAUAAACAAUGAAAUAUACGCUCCAGGAAACCGCGUUUAUUCUCAAGCAGUAGGUACUCGGCAACCAGUGUUACCAGGAGUGAUAAACCAACAUUCUAUCUUGUUAAGUCCCAAAGUAACUCAGAGACGGAAUGUGGAUUUGUACUCUUCAGAGAACGCCGAAGGUUUUUAUCUAGCUAAGAACGGAAAGGACCCAAAUCAUGAUAUAUACUACGAACCAAGAGGUGUCGCUCAACCCUGUUUCUUGUGUGUUGCUCAAAAACUUACAAGCACCGAAAAAACGGAAGACAAAAACG